GCGACGUCGGCCCUCCUGAGGUUCGGCUUCACCAGGGAGUCUAUCACCCACUUGUGUCCUUACACGUCCCGAUUGGCCUGCAGGCACUGUCGGUUGCAAUCCGGGUCUGUCCACGCACUUCGGCUGUCGUCACAAAGCACGUGUGCGUCAGAGAGAAGGCAAAGAGAACUUGAAUUGGGAGACGAAAGACGUGAAGCAGCUGGCAGCUGGAAGGGAGCCGAAGACGUGAGGAGUCACCCAAGCGCGCUGUACGUUCUCGGACUGGCGAUAUGGCGACGAUAAAGCCCGUGGAGGGCUUCGAUGCCGAAGCGGACGGCAGAGCUUUGGCGGAAAUUAUGGGAGGUAACGUCUAUUCUUCGCUACUUUGCGUGAUGAUGAUGCUCAUUGAAGAUGAUGAUGAUGAUGAUGAUGAUGAUGAUGAUGAAAUUGGUGGUGAUGAUGGUGAUGAUGAUGAUGUUGGAGUGGGAUUCAAGUUGGUUGGUAGAGCAGAAGGUAGCGCUGAUCAUGGUGACGAUGAUAAUGAUUACGACGAUGAUAACGAAGGUGGUGCAUAGGACAACCUCGGUCACGUCGAGGACGAUGACUCCUAUCACCUGCUUUUGUGCAGGUAGAGC